CGAUUCCUCAAACUCUUAUAUAUUUUUUAUUUAACACAGUUGUUUGGGGGAAUUAUGCAGCCUUGUAGCCGUGAAAUGCAAGCAAUGGACUCUCUCUUAAACCAAACUCAACAAAUCCCUAUCCAAGACCUUCAAAGCAACAGUCAGCAGCAGAUCCAAAGCCCACAGUUCGAUCCCACUUCCUCCCACGACGACUUCUUAGAACAGAUGCUCUCCGCUCUCCCUUCUUGCUCAUGGUCCGACCUUAAGUCACCUUGGGACCCUCCUAAAUCCGAUGAAACCGGAGCUUCUAACCCCGACUGUAGUGUCGGCUUCCACUACGAUGAGAUUCUGGCCUCCAAGCUUAGACAACAUCAAAUCAACGGCGGCGGCGGCGGAGGGUCUUCUCCUGCUACUGCUGCCAUGGAAAUGAUGAUGCAGCAGCAGAUUAUGUUACCCGGAAGAGGCGUCGCCGCCGCAGGUGGAGGAGGGUUGACUAUGCCUUUGUCUUUGGGUAGUGGUGGGUCUCAUUGUCAGAACGAUAUCGUCGAUGGGUCUGCGUUUAACUCCCCCAAUCAACAGGUUCACGGUGCAGAGGGUUCAAUGCAAGCUUUGUAUAACGGCUUCAGUGCUGGACCUUUGCAUGGGACUAAUCAAUCACCGAACCAGUCCCAGCGUUUUCACCAUCCUCAGGGAGGCAAUAUGCAGACGCCAAACUUCGGAGCAACAGCAGGGACUGUAACGGAACAAAGUCAGGCAAGUGGUUCGACGACCGGAGGUACACCGGCUCAACCCAAACAGAGAGUUCGGGCUAGAAGGGGCCAAGCUACCGACCCCCACAGUAUCGCUGAAAGAUUACGUAGAGAGAGAAUUGCAGAGAGAAUGAAAGCUCUUCAAGAACUGGUUCCCAAUGCCAACAAGACAGAUAAAGCUUCAAUGCUUGAUGAGAUCAUAGAUUAUGUCAAAUUCCUCCAGCUCCAAGUCAAGGUUCUGAGCAUGAGCAGAUUGGGCGGUGCUGCUGCCGUUGCUCCCCUUGUUGCUGAUAUGCCUUCCGAGGGAGGGGAUUGCGUUCAGACGGCAUCUAACGGUGGUGGGUCCAUUCAGCGGAAUUCUAACGGCAACCAAACGCCUGCGAACAACGACAGCAUAACGGUGACGGAGCACCAAGUGGCCAAGCUUAUGGAAGAAGACAUGGGCUCCGCCAUGCAGUACCUCCAAGGGAAGGGUCUCUGCCUCAUGCCCAUUUCUCUCGCCUCCGCCAUCUCCACCGCAACGUGUCAUUCCAGGAACCCCAUGAUCAACAAUGCCAACCCAAAUAAGGGCGGCGGCAACCACCCUUUACUUCAAUCCAACGGCGAAGACCCUUCCUCGCCUAGCAUGUCCGUGUUAACUGUGCAGUCAGCCACCGUGGGUAAUGGCGGUCUUGACGGCUCCGUUAAAGAUGCUGCCUCGGUAUCCAAGCCUUGAUGACGGCGUUGACUGACUGACACAACAAAAAGGAAAGAAAGAUGGCAGCUUUAAGUCUAUGAAAAUAAGGUGGUCUCCAAACGACUCCGUAUUUACACAGACUUUGAG